UGCCCACUCCCAGAGCCAGCCACCCGCCGGACAACAACGCCAGCGCGAUGGGUAAUGAGCAAGCUCCCGAGCAGGGGCUGGACAGGUUCAGCUACGACUAUGAGACCAUCCGCCACGGGGGGCUCAUCUUUGCUGUUGUGGCUUUCGUCGUUGGGCUCCUCAUCAUCCUCAGCCAGCGGUUCCACUGCGGAGGGAAGAAGAGGAGACAAGGCAGUGGAGAGGACCCAUAG